UGUGUAGCCUCGUGUGUACGGACCAGAAUUGCGUUCAACAAGGCAAACAGUGGUGAACGUAGACCUGGUUGAACGCGUCUCAGCUCCUGUAGAGCUCCGGGCUAAAGAGGACCUACGAUGGACAUCUCGGUUCUGCCCAACAACAACCACCCGGAAAAGUUAUUUCAGCUGGACGUGGGGAUGCUGCCGGCCACCCACGGAAUGUUCCAGGUCGAGGCAGCUCUGUCGGGGCAGAGGCAGUGGAGUAACCAGGUUUAUCAACAGAGAGAACGUAGGACUGUGAGUGACAAUAGGCCUUCCCCGUCCCCCGAGGGCAGCCCUGUGGUGUUUGUGGACAGAUACCUGGAGAAGCACAUCACGCCGCACACCUUGAAUUCCAAGAUCAAGAGGAACCCUCUGUACACAGACAUAAGGACUAUAGACAUGGGGGAAAACCAGAAGUCCAAACCCUCCUGGACCAUCCAGGAGUUUGACAGACACUCAAUCCACUCCAACCUGGCAGGCUAUCUAAAGGAAGAAGAAAAAGGACCACGGGAUCUAGAUUUUUGGUUGGAGGAUCUCUACACACCUGGUUACGACUCCUUGUUAAAGAAGAAAGAAGCGCAGAUGAAAAGGAACAGACUUUGCAAAAUACUGACCUACGUCGUUCUGUCAGUGUGCCUCAUCAUUAUCAUCAUCACAGUGCCAAUCGUAGUGACCGGAAAUGUAAAGAAACCGUGACUGAUUUGUAGAAUCAUGCCAAGGUGGGUCAAAUUCUUUCAAAAGGUUUAGGAUGUCUCCUCAUUCAUUAUGCAAUGGGGGCGGCAGGGUAGCCUAGUGGUUAGAGCGUUGGACUAGUAACCAGAAGGUUGCAAGUUCAAACCCCAGAGCUGACAAGGUACAAAUCUGUCGUUCUGCUCCGUCAUUGAAAAUAAGAAUUUGUUCUUAACUGACUUGCCUAGUUAAAUAAAGGUCAAAUAAAUAAAAACAUGUACAUUAGGCUAUAUGUGUUUGAAACAUGUUCUAAUGCUGUGAAAAUAUGUGAUUACGGAAAUGUUGGUUAAAUUUACUGUUUUGGCUAUAGGCUAGACUAGACUACUUGCUGUUUCUAUCCAGGCUUGUACACAUGCAAAAAGAGUACGCUCCCAAUCAGCAAUGAUAAGAUGAAUUGCAGUAGCGCCAUAAAUCAGUUGGGACUAUUGUGGCAUAUUGUUCAUACUCUCACAUUUAUGAAAGAAGACACUUGAGCUGUCACGAUUCACAAGUGCUUAUUUAAGCAAUAAGGCCCGAGGGGGUGUGGUAUAUGGCCAAUAUACCACGGCUAAGGGCUGUUCUUAAGCACGACGCAACGCGGAGUGCCUGGACACAGCCCUUAGCCGUGGUAUAUUGGCCAUAUAUCACAAACCCCCGAGGUGCCUUAUUGCUGUUAUAAACUGGUUACCGACGUAAUUAGAGCAGUAAAAAUAAAAAUGUUGUCAUACCCGUGGUAUACAGUCUGAUAUACCAUAGCUUACAGCCAAACAGAAUUCAGGGCUCAAACCACCCAGUUUAUAAUGUCUUGUAAAUAAGACGAUUAGGUAAAAAUGGGGAUCCUGAGCAUUUCACACCUGAUUAACUAAUGGAUCAUGAUUAGUUGCUUAUUUGAAUCAGGUGUUUGAUCACACCGUCAUGUGCUCCGUAGUCACAAAGUGUAUCAGAGGAAUGCUGAUCUAGGAUCAGGUCCCUCCUGUCCAUAUAAUCUCAGUCAUUAUAUUCAAAAGGUAAAUCUGACCCUAUAUCAGGACAACUCUGACUGAGACUCUUGUGAAUAGGGCCCCUGAAGGUUAGAGAUUGUAUGAGGUUGGUGCAUUUGUGUGGGUCUGAGUAUAGGCACUUGAAUGACACUGAACAUCAUUGUUGCAGGUGUGUGGCCCCAUUUCUGUUUAAAAGGGGUAUAAGACCGCAUUGAGAUUCUCUCUUUGAUUACAGGGCUGGUGCUCAGAGUUAGUCGUCUGUCAAGGUGCAGCGUAGCCUACUCCAGCACCAGAAUCAAUUGGUGGUGCAGCGGUCUAAGGCACUGCAUUCUCAGCGCAAGAGGUGUCACUAUAGAACCUGGUUCAAAUCCAGGCUGUAUCACAUCUGAUUGUGAUUGGGAGUCCCAUAGAGUGGGGCACAAUUGGCCCAGAGUUGUCUGGGUUUGGCCAGUAGAAAUAAGAAUUUGUUCUUAAAAUAAACAUAAAAAUCUAUUGAAUAAACACCAGCAGCUGGAGGUCAGACAGGUGGCAUUCCAAAUGGUACCCUAUUUAUUAUAUAGAGCCCUAUGGGUCCUGGUCAAAAGUAGUGCACUAAUCCUAUGGGCCCUGGUUAAAAGUAGGGAAUUUGGGACGGGACCUUCGUUUUGCGUGUGCUGUUCUUGUUAGGUAUAUCUACCACAUCAAUUUGGUGUUUCAAUGUUAGCUAUCGUUUCACAACAUAACUUAUGUCUUUAAAAAAUAAAAAAUAAAGUCAACAUUCAUUUUUACACAAAGAGUGUUCAUUGUAAUUGUUUUGUUUC